UAGAAAAGACAGGAAGUAAAUAUUGGUGCGCUAAAGCGUGCUGCAAGUUCGCAAUAUUAAUCAGCGAAAUCGACGAAAUGGAUCGUUUCUCGUGGACUAACGGUUUAUUGGAAAUAAAUGAGACGUUAGUGAUACAGCAAAGAGGUGUCAGACUGUAUGAUGGAGAUGAUAAAGCCAAACUUGACUUGGGAAUAGCUCUGCUGACUACCCAUCGGCUGAUAUGGAGAGAUCAGAAAAAUCACGAGUGCUGCAUUUCUUUACCCUUAUCUCAGGUUAUCUUUUUCGAGGAGCAAGCAGCUGGCAUUGGUAAGAGCGCAAAGAUAGUGGUUCAUUUGCACCCAUGCACUGAAAACAAGGAACCUGGUCCAUACCAGCACAGCAAGUUUUCCUUCAUCAAGUUGUCCUUCAAGGAGCACGGGCAGAUUGAGUUCAACCGGAGACUGUCGGAGGAGAUGACACAGAAGAGAUGGGAGAACACACCAGCCUCUCAACCCAUCCCAACCACAUCAGGAUCUCGCGCAGGAGGAAGAACCCGUGCAGUUGGGAUUGUGGGAAUUGAGAGAAAGCUGGAGGAGAAGCGCAAGGAAACCGACAAGAGCAUCUCCGAGGCUUUCGAGGACCUCAGCAAGCUCAUGGUGAAGGCAAAAGAGAUGGUGGAGCUGUCAAGAUCCAUCGCCAACAAAAUCAAGGACAAGCAAGGGGACAUCACGGAGGACGAGACCAUCCGCUUCAAGUCCUAUUUACUCAGCAUGGGCAUUGCCAACCCUGUCACAAGGGAUACCCACGGCUCAGGGACACACUACCACUUGCAGCUGGCCAAGCAACUUGGUACUAUGCUGCAGGCCCCUCUGGAGGAGCGUGGAGGGAUGAUGGCCCUCACCGAGGUCUACUGCCUGGUCAACAGGGCCAGAGGAAUGGAACUGCUGUCGCCUGAGGACUUGGUGAACGCCUGCAAGCAGUUUGAGCCGCUGAAACUCCCACUGAGGCUCCGAGUGUUUGACAGCGGUGUGAUGGUGGUCCAGCUGCAGUCCCACAGCGAGGAGGAGAUGAUCGCCUCCGCAUUGGAUAAUGUGUCCGACAAGGGCUCCUUGACCGCAGAGGAGUUUGCCAAGCUUUUGGGGCUGUCUGUUCUUCUCGCCAAGGAGAGGCUGCUGCUGGCGGAGAAGAUGGGACACAUUUGUCGUGACGACUCAGUCGAGGGCUUGCGCUUCUAUCCAAACCUGUUUUGUACACCCUGAAACACCUGAUAUAUUUUGGUUGAAAGGAAAGCUUUGAACCCACUCCACUUGCUCUCUAUUCAGAGAUAUGCUCUUACUCAGCUCUAGGACAAGUCUUGACUGUUCUUAAAUUCUAAAGAAUAUUUACACUUGUUUACAAUAGCAGAUUUCUUGGGGGGAAAACAUUAUUUUGGAUACAUAUUUCUUAUAUUUGCUUACCUUAUGCAAGAUGAUCUGGGUAUUUUCCUCUCCUUAUCUCAUAAAAACUAAGAGCCGUAUAUUUAUUAGUUUUAUUCAUCCUUUUUAAGACAUAAUAACUCAAUGUACAUAUUAAAUCAUAUCUGUGUGAUGAUGUGUCUGAGGAUUGGUAUUCUGUUGGAUCAGUAAUCUUAUCAGUAGGCCUAUGGAAAUAAAAUAUCACCAUUUGUUAAA